CCGCCAGCUGCCGCCGUCGUGACCAGGCCAGGCUCCUGCUCCUCCACGGGUCGCAAUGGCGUCGCUCACCGUGAAGGCGUACCUGCUGGGAAAGGAGGACGCGGCCCGCGAGAUCCGCCGCUUCAGCUUCUGCUUCAGCCCCACACUCGAGGCGGAGGCCGAAGGCACGGCGGACCUCGGUCCCUGCGAGCGGCUGCUGAGCCGGGUGGCCGCCCUGUUCCCCGCGCUGCGGCCCGGCACCUUCCAGGCGCACUACCGCGAUGAGGACGGGGACUUGGUUGCCUUUUCCAGUGAUGAGGAGCUGACGAUGGCCUUGGCAUACGUGAAGGAUGACCUCUUCCGGAUUUACAUUAAAGAGAGGAAGGAGUGCCGGCGGGACCACCGCCCCCCGUGUGCUCAGGAGGCACCCCGCAACAUGGUGCACCCCAACGUGAUCUGCGAUGGCUGCAACGGCCCGGUGGUGGGCACCCGGUACAAGUGCAGCGUCUGCCCCGACUACGACCUGUGUGCCGGCUGCGAGGGGAAGGGCAUGCACCGGGAGCACAGCAAGCUGGCCUUCCCCAGCCCCUUCGGGCAUCUCUCCGAGGGCUUCUCGCACAGCCGCUGGCUCCGGAAGCUGAAACACGGGCACUUUGGGUGGCCUGCCUGGGAGAUGGGCCUGCCUGGGAACUGGAGCCCACGUCCUCCCCGGGCGGGGGACCCCCACGCCAGCCCCACAGCAAACUCGGCUUCUGGUCCAUCGGAGGAUCCCAGUGUGAAUUUCCUCAAGAACGUAGGGGAGAGUGUGGCAGCCGCCCUCAGCCCCCUGGGCAUCGAGGUGGACAUUGACGUGGAACAUGGGGGGAAAAGAAGCCGCCUGGCCCCCGGCUCUCCGGGCAGCCCCCGCGCGGAGGAGCGGGGCAGCUCGCAGCCAGGAAGCUGCUCUUCGGACUCCAGCAAACCGGACAGCGUCAUGGAAGGAGCUGCACAGACUCUGGCGAAGCAAAUGAACAAGAUCUCGCUGCAGUCGGGUGUGCAGCCUGAGGAGCAGAUGGAGUCUGACAACUGCUCGGGAGGAGACGAUGACUGGACUCAUUUAUCUUCAAAGGAAGUGGACCCGUCGACAGGCGAACUCCAGUCUCUACAGAUGCCCGAGUCUGAAGGGCCAAGCUCUCUGGACCCUUCCCAGGAGGGACCGACAGGGCUGAAGGAAGCCGCGGUGUACCCACAUCUGCCGCCAGAAGCUGACCCCCGGCUCAUUGAGUCCCUCUCCCAGAUGCUGUCCAUGGGGUUCUCUGAUGAAGGCGGCUGGCUCACCAGGCUCCUACAGACCAAGAAUUACGACAUUGGGGCUGCCCUGGACACCAUCCAGUAUUCAAAGCAUCCACCGCCCUUGUGACAGCUGUGCUCACCUGUUACCUGACCCCUUUCUUGUCUCACAGUUGUGUUGAGCUUGUUAGAACCCACGCCUCUAAGGGCCAGUUACUCUGCAUUUUUCUUUCAGAACCGGGUGGGAUGCAUGAAGCCAUUUAGGGCAGUAGGGCAAGGACAGGAGGGAGCCCCCAGCCUUGUGAUGACUAAGGAGUGCUUACCAGCUUCCCUCGGUGCCCGCUUCGUGCAGCCAGGGUGGGCGGGGGUCUCCGCCAUCUCCCUGCUCUCUGCCCACCAGGAUAUCACCAACAGCCUAGAAUCCAUCUUGCCUAAUGGUCGUCUGCUUUUUCUUUUUUUAAGUGACUAAUAGUAACUGAUGUGUAGCUGAUUUCUCAGAGUUCAGCUGCAACAGCCAGCAUCCUGUCAGGAGGUGGUGGGAGGGCAGGCCCCUCGCGGGCACAGGAGUGGCUGGCAGGCACCCAUGGUGGUCACUGAGCACUGCCCGUUUCACAGCCAUUCUAGUUCUCUCAUUUCCAAACGUGUCACCUGCUUUUAAAGUAAGAAGACCCUUUGUAGCCAUUCUGUUAGCAUCUCUGUAAACCAACUGCAAUUAAAUGGUAUAAGCACUUUUAAUCCAACAUGUUGCAAUAAGA